GGUCGGCCGUAGAACAUAAGUAUGGCGGCUGUUGUAAGGAGGUCAGGCAACUUGUUCCUCAAGUACAGUAACUAUGUUCGCCACCGUGUUGUGUCUUCCAGAUCAAUGGCCUCAAAAGCACAAGUGGGAUUUAUUGGUCUGGGCAACAUGGGUAAUCCAAUGGCGAAGAAUCUCAUAAAGAAUGGCUAUCCCAUUAUUGCUUCAGAUAUCUUCCCAGAAUCAUGCAAGGAAAUACAGGAUUUAGGAGCACAGGUAAUUCAGUGGUCUUUAAUUUUGAUGAAUCAUGCUUAUUUUGCUGAUCCAAGGAACCUGGCAACCAAUUUGUAUUUGCACAGGUUCCAAAAGCAGCAGAGUCAGAAUAACCAGGGAAUCCCAGCAAUGGACACUGUGACAGGCAGGGCAGAGGAUAGUGAGAAUGGGGUCGUGGAAAGCUAUGAGCUCAUCCAGGAAGAACUUGAGCAUGGGAUGGUGGAAGGACGUGAAGGUGUCGGGGCAGCACGGGCUGGCAACCUCACUUUCAUGGUCGGGGGAUUGGAAGGAGAAUUUAAUGCAGCCAAAGAAUUGCUGAGCUGCAUGGGAAACAAUGUGGUUUACUGUGGAGAGGUUGGAACUGGACAGGCAGCAAAGCUCUGUAACAACAUGCUUCUAGCUAUUGCCAUGAUUGGAACUGCUGAAACAAUGAAUCUGGGAAUCAGGCUAGGGCUUGACCCGAAGCUUCUGACAAAAAUUGUGAAUAUGAGCUCAGGCCGAUGCUGGUCAAGCGAUACCUACAAUCCUGUACCGGGUGUGAUGGAUGGUGUCCCUUCCGCGAAUGAUUAUCAAGGUGGCUUUGCGGCAUCAUUAAUGGCGAAGGAUCUGGGAUUAGUACAAAACACAGCGACGAACACUAAAACCCCUGCUUUAUUAGGAUCAUUGUCUCAUCAGGUUUACAGGAUGAUGUGCGCAAGGGGCUAUGCUCAGAAAGACUUCUCUUCAGUGUUUCAGUUCCUGCGAGAAGAGGAGAAUAUUUAAACUUGACCAAUACCAAAAUGCAUCUUGAGAAAAUAGGCAUGGGACUGUCAGUGAGUGUUCAAGCAAGUUCAGUUGUCCGACAAAAAAAAAACAACAGGAUAAUUCUAUAGCCAUAAAUCAUGGUCCCAAAGUGGCUGCCUAGUUUCUUAGCAAACAGUUUGUGUAGUUGUGCACAUGAAUUCCCUGAUUUAACUGUGUGGAAUUAGAUAAUGAAAACAUUUUGAAACUGAAUUGCAAGCAAGAUGACGAAGACGUUUUGAGGCUGUUACACACUAUGUAGGUUUAUUGUAAUUUUAUGAGAAAUGAUAAGGAAGUUAGUUUUUGUUUUGAACUUCUUUACCCGUUACUUCACUAAAACAUAAAUUAUAAAUUUUCAUUUUAACUUUGAUUUGUUUACCUAAAUAAUACAUGGCAUAAAUAGAUGGCAACUAUUAUCUUUUCUUUACUAUUCAAUUAAUGUGAUUUUAAAUUGAAAUAAAAUUCUACUACUUAUGUA